CUUCUGCUUCCUGACAUCUGAGAGAAUGAUGGGAGACAAUUCAACUCCGUACAACACUUCUGCAGUAACAGGGCAGUCCUCACUGAAGGGAGCACCAAUAGGCAUCGCCGUGCUCUCGAUCGCCUUCCUUGUGGGUUUCCCUGGCAACGCCUUUGUCGUGUGGAGCGCGGGCUGGCGUGUUCGGAAGCGGACAGUCACCUGCCUCCUCAUUCUCCACUUGGCCAUAGCCGACUUGAUAGUGCUGCUCACGGCUCCGAUCUUCCUGCGGGUGCUCAGCGUCCAAGACUGGGAAUUGGGUGACGGCAUCUGUCGUGCUUGCCACUAUAUCUGUGGGGUCAGCAUGUACGCCAGUGUCUUCCUGAUUGCCCUCAUGAGCUUGGAUCGCUGCUUGGCCAUCUCCAAGCCUUUCCUCUCUCACAAGAUCCGCAACAAAAAGACUAUACGGCUUGUGGUUUUGGCCAUCUGGGUGUCCGGCUUUAUCUUGGCUAUCCCUGUCCUCCUCUUCCGAAAGGUGUUACAGGAAAAGAAUGGAAAGCUUCGUUGUGACUUUGACCACCCCACGCCCAGAGACCUGGUUUUCCACAAUCUCUUUGAAACCAUCACUGGAUUCCUGGUUCCUUUCAUCACCAUCAUUUGCAGCUACUGUACCAUCGGCCAACGACUAAGAGACACUCGCUUUCGCCAAAAACGCCGCACGGGCCGCCUCAUCUCUCUCAUCGUGGUAGCCUUUGCCGUUUUUUGGCUCCCUUACCAUGUGGUCAACCUUCUGGAUGUCAUUGCUGUGUGGAGCGGCUCUGCCGAAGUAGAGAAAAUUGGAAAGGCAGCGAGGCCUGUGCUGGUCGCUCUAGCUUUCUUCAGCAGUAGUAUAAACCCUAUCCUUUAUGCCUUCAGUGGUGGCUCCCUCAUCCGAUCUGCUGGCUUGGGCUUCAUGGCCAAGCUCUUUGAAGGAACAGCUUCAGAAAUGUCCAGUGCCAAACAUGCUACCCUCCGGGACCCUCAGCGCCAUAUGGAAACCAAGAUGGACCAUGCAGGGAAUGGGAGUCCAGCUCAUUUAACCAUAUCUACCAACCCAACAGGUGAAACAUCUGAAGAACCUGUGGAUGCUUUGAAGCCCCUGAAGUCACCAUGA